CCAUGUGGUACACAUGAAGAUGAGGCUGAGGACGCGGAAAGCUUCUCAGCAGUCCAACCAGAUCCACACGCAGCGAGCCCUGAGGGCCAAGAGGAAACACUCAGAGGUGGAGGAGAGCCUGCCUGGAGGCGGGGGAAAGCCACAGAAAAAUGAGACUGGCCUCUUGUCUUCCAUCAAAAAGUUCAUCAAAGGAAGCACACCCAAGGAAGAAAGAGAAAACCCCACGAAGAGGAGCCGAAUCGACCGGGACACAGAUGAUAACCUGAUCACAUCCACCCCUCAGACUGGAGAGAAGCCCAACAAACAGCUCUCCCGGGUGCGGCGGAAAAGUCAGAUGAAUGGAGAGGCUGGAAGCUACGAGAUGACAAACCAACACGUGAAGCAGAAUGGGAAGUUGGAAGACAACCCCAGCACCGGCAGCCCUCCCCGGACAACGCUGCUGGGGACCAUAUUCUCCCCUGUCUUUAACUUCUUUUCACCAGCAAAUAAAAAUGGGACAUCAGGCUCAGACUCUCCAGGCCAAGCUGUAGAAGCUGAAGAAAUCGUGAAGCAGCUUGACAUGGACCAGGUGGAUGAGAUCACCACGAGCACAGCCACGUCCACCAACGGCGCUGCGUACAGCUCCCAGGCUGUGCAGGUCAGGGCCCUCAACAACGGCCUGGCCGAGGUGGAGGAGCCAACUGACAGGGACCUGCCACCCCUCACAGCACCAGUAUCUCCAGACAGUGGUUACUCAUCAGCACACGCAGAAGCCACCUAUGAGGAGGACUGGGAAGUCUUUGAUCCAUACUAUUUCAUCAAACACGUGCCCCCACUGACAGAAGAGCAGCUGAACAGGAAACCAGCUCUCCCACUCAAAACCAGAAGCACACCAGAGUUCUCAUUAGUCCUAGACCUGGAUGAAACAUUAGUGCACUGUAGUCUAAAUGAAUUAGAAGAUGCUGCACUCACUUUCCCAGUUCUUUUUCAAGAUGUCAUUUACCAGGUGUAUGUCCGGCUAAGGCCAUUCUUCCGAGAGUUCCUGGAACGUAUGUCUCAGAUUUAUGAGAUUAUUCUGUUUACUGCUUCUAAGAAGGUGUAUGCAGACAAGUUAUUAAACAUCCUGGACCCCAAAAAGCAACUGGUCAGGCAUCGACUUUUCCGUGAGCAUUGUGUGUGUGUACAAGGGAAUUACAUCAAGGAUUUGAACAUCCUAGGCAGAGACCUCUCCAAAACCAUCAUCAUCGACAAUUCACCGCAAGCCUUUGCUUACCAGCUUUCUAAUGGAAUUCCUAUAGAAAGUUGGUUCAUGGAUAAAAAUGACAACGAGCUUCUAAAACUGAUUCCAUUUCUGGAGAAACUCGUAGAGCUGAAUGAAGACGUCCGACCUCACAUCAGAGACAGAUUUCGUUUGCAUGACUUGCUACCCCCCGACUAAAGCCUUGGCCCUCGUGCCCAGGGGAGGAAAUGCAGGACCCUGUUGGACUGACACAAAACAUUGCCAUUACUGUUGAAAUUUUGCAUUUUUGUACCCCGUCUUGCUUUUCUUAUCUUUGGUGCCCAGCAGUGAUCAAGGGUUACAGGAAGAGACUUUCCAUGCCUGAGGUUGCGCCGUCAGUACAAUCCCGUGCCCCGUGGUAGGGAGGCUAGAACAGAACAGGCUUUAGAGCUAGUGCAACUCCAAGGAGAUUUUUUUAAUGUACAGGACAUCUGCAGUUUAUAAAGAAAAUCUUGUUUCUGCCACCAGCAGUUUGACCUGUAGAAACACAGGAUUUUAUGAUACAACAGAGGUUGAAAACGGACUUGGAUUCUCUCUCUGUUCGGUGCUCUAAGUGGGUUUGUAGCCACUUUUCUGUUACUUUUCAGACUCUCAUUUCAACAGGAAUGGCCAGUAAGAGUUGUUUUAUUUUUCCUGUUAAGGUUUAUAACCUUUUUACAUUUUUGACCUGUAUUAGAGUAGAGUUUCAUUAAGCAUUCCUUUUAGUUGAGGCGCUUCCUAGCUUUCCCUGGAGACAGCCCAGUUUUGUUAGUUUUCCCUGAAGCAGUUGGCUGGCCGUUCCCUGCUGCUCUGCCUGCACCUCUAUGUUUGUUUAAAGGUAUCCUCUAG